ACGUGCUUGUUAGCCCCCACUCCCCUUUUUUGUGUUUCCCUCACCGUCAAUCAAAAUAGAAAAAAAUCUACCCGAAUUCACCGAUCAACACAAGCCCGCCUUUGAUAAAAGAUAAUCAUGUUCGGAGUUUAGUUAAUCAGAUAAUCUUUCGAUUAUUACAAUUCACGAUAUGACUGGUACAUAACAUUUAACCAAUCGAAGCAUACAACCAACCGGUGAGUUUGUACGUAACAACCGAUAGCAAAGCAAGCUAGCUACGUCUUUUAAUCUUUUGCAGUAGACCUAUGCUAGGUAGUUAGCUAGUUAACAAAAGUAAACAUUCAAUCUGUGUCGAAAUCCGCCUUGAAACCUUGUCGCAAAGUUAGGGUUUGCCGUUUAUUCGUCAUCGACUGAAGUUUGUUAUCUCUUUGCAGCCUUUUAGGAGCGGAAAGCUGUGAGAAAAUUUGUGUUUUGCUCAGUUUUCCUAUCUCUCCAUGCUAGCGCCAGAGCAACAUUUGAAACAAGAGGAAAUGGCUACCGCGGACGUGGAAGGCGGUCAAAGCGAAUUCCUACAGCACGGCGGAGCCUCGGAAAACCAGGUACCCCAACAUUUUCUAUCUCGUAUUUCUUCUCCUCCGAGCUACUACUGUGUAAUGUUUUUAGCUAGCUAGAAGUUCACACGUUUUUAAAUGUUGCAGGGGGUGUAAAGCUAGUAUACUUCCGCCGCUGUGUUCCCCGCUAUAACGGCCACCCACUUUACCCCUCUAGAACCCGCCCAUAGUGGGUAGGACACAGCCCGUCACUUGGUCAGCUCGCCGAUAUUUAGCUCGUCUACCUGGGGCUAGGGGGGUACAGCGGGGAAAGGAGGGGCGAGUGGGGAAACUGAACUGAUAAUGUGGUAAUCUGUGCACCGAACUACGAAAUGUCUCCCCCACCCCCAUGUAGCGAUUACGUAUUUUGUCUAGCCAUACUAGCUGUAUUUGGUGGAUGAUAGAAGGGACUCUUCAAUGUUUUUUGUCUAGUGGUGGUGACUAGCUCUCGAAAACCCUUCUACCUAUGUAGGCUGUUCAGCUGUUACGUUCGCCCACAUUUGGCUCCAUGUGAACUAGAAUUCCGACGCUGUGUUUUAACAUUUAGAAACGUCAAUCAUUGCUUUCAAAGUGGUUUUCUAAACAUAUGCUGAUAUCCGCCUUAUCUUUCAUAUCAGCGGGAAAUAAUCUUUCAAAUAAAAAAUAUACUAACUGUAGCAGUUUUGCACAGAUCGACAAGAUGUGUGCCUCCAGUUGAUGAACUACUCUUCCUCCCCAGUUACGCAUACACAAGUGUUCUGAGCUCGCUAAUUAGCACAGGUGGCGGCCUAUGUUUUCUGUCUGUCUUUGUAAACAAGCGAUGUAACAUGGAGAGUGUGUAGUAUUUUGAGAUUUUGUUUUAAACAAAAACAAAUUCUUGCUGAUAUGAAAGAUACUGCACGUUCUUUAUGUUUCCAAAAAUGUACCGCAAGCUAUGCGUGUUAAUGUUUAGACUAGCAUAGGGGCUCUUAACAAAACUCUCCCGUCAGAAUAUGCUGUACUUUCGUCAAUAGGCGCUAAAGCAGUUUGCGUCUAUGAAUGGGGUAGGUGGUGACAUGCUUGAGGAAGUUUGGAUCCUUUCAUAUUGGACCUUGUGAAAUCAAACCACCUAGCUAAGCCAUAGACUGUAUAGCAGAUUCAGAAUUUAUCAUGUUGUUUUGACAUUUUUGUCUUAUUAAUUGAAAUGUCUUGAUACUACUGUAUUAUUGCUAGUCCAAUGUUGCAGAUACCUAUAAUAUAGGAUUGGAUAUCUAUUUUAACAAGAUCAGCUCCACAAUAAUUGUCUUGUCUACUGACACUGGAUUGUGAUAUCAAACCAUACUGCAUGUCAUUUUGCCCUAUUCACAGUGUGGAGCCUACACCCUGAUAUCUGUCUGUCUCAGUACCUCUCACUGUCACACUCUCGGAUAGGACAGAGAUGUCAUUUCCAAAUCAAUCUGUGGCUUCUUAUUCUUUGUGAACUACAAUGCAACAGCGUAAGACUUAUGACCAAUGCCAUCUGCAUAUCUGUAAAUAGAUCAACUGUUUGCAUUACUCAACAGUGACCAAACACUAAUCUGAAUAAUAAUCAAUGAAUAUGUGUCUUCUCUCUGUCAGACCACAGACAUGACAGCCAUCCAGCUAACAGGUUCAGACCGUUGGGAGUUGUUAACCCCGGUCUCUACAGGGAAGGAUGCGCAGCAGGGAGUCGUCCACAUUCCUAACUCUGGCAUGAUGACCUCUAACGGCCAGUAUGUUCUCCCUAUCGGGAACAUGGACAGUCAGCCCAUCUACGUCACAGCAUCUGGCAACGACGGCUCAGCCAACGGAGUGUCCAGCAUACAAUACCAGGUAGUGUACUGUACACACACACACACGCAGAUAUACUACAUGGCCAAAAGUAUGUGGACAUCCUUUCAAAUGAGUGGAUUUGGCUAUUUCAGCCACACUGGUUGCUGACAGGUGUAUAAAAUCGAGCGCACAGCCAUGCAAUCUCCAUAAACAAACAUUGGCAGUAGAAUGGCCCGUACUGAAGAGCUCAGUGACGUUCAAUGUGGCACCUUCAUAGGAUGCCACCUUUCCAACAGGUCAGUUCGUCACAUUUCUGCCCUGUUAGAACUGCGCCGGUCAUCUGUAAGUGCUGUUAUUGUGAUGUGGAAACGUCUAGGAGCAACAAACGUCUCAGCUGCGAAGUAGUAGGCCACACAAGCUCACAUAACGGGACCGCCGAGUGCUGAAGCACGUAGCUAGUAAAUAUCGUCGGUCCUCGGUCGCAACACUCACUACCGAGUUCCAAACUGCCUCUGGAAGCAACGUCAGCACAAUAACUGUUCUUCGGGCACUUCAUGAAAUGGAUUUCCAUGGCCAAGCAGCCUAAGAUCACCAUGCGCAAUUCCAAGUGUCGGCUGGAGUGGUGUAAAGCUUGCCGCCAUUAGACUCUUGAUCAGUGGAAACGCGUUCUCUUGAGUGAUGAAUCAAGCUUCAACCAUCUGGCAGUCCGUCGGACAAAUCUGGUUUUGGCGGAUGCCAGGAGAACGCUACCUGCCCGAAUGCAUAGUGCCAACUAAAGUUUGGUGGAGGAGGAAUUAUGGUCUGGGGCUGUUUUUCAUGGUUCGGGCUAGGCCCCUUAGUUCCAGUGAAGGGAAAUCUUAAUGCUACAGCAUACAAUGACAUUCUAGACGAUUCUGUGCUUCCAACUUUGUGGCAACAGUUUGGGGAAGGCCCUUUCCUGUUUCAGCAUGACAAUGCCCCGUGCACAAAGCGAGGUCCAUACAGAAAUGGUUUGUUGAGAUCGGUGUGGAAGAACUUGACUGGCCUGCACCGAGGCCUGACCUCAACCCCACUGAACACCUUUGGGAUGAAUUGGAACACUGACUGCGAGCCAGGCCUAAUUGCCUAACAUCAGUGCCUGACCUCACUAAUGUUCUAACAUCUAGUGGAAAGCCUUCCCAGAAGAGUGGAGGCUGUUAUAGCAGCAAAGGGGGGGGACCAACUCCAUAUGAAUGCCCAUGAUUUUGGAAUGAGAUGUUCAACGCGCAUGUGUCCACAUACUUUUGGCCAUGUAGUGUGUGUGUGUAUAUAUAUAUAUAUGUAUGUAUGUAUGUAUGUAUGUAUGUAUGUAUGUAUGUAUGUAUGUAUGUAUGUAUGUAUGUAUGUAUAUAUGUAUAUAUAUGUAUGUAUAUAUAUAUAUGUAUAUGUAUAUGUGUAUAUAUAUAUGUAUAUAUAUGUAUGUGUAUGUGUAAUAUAUAUGUAUAUGUACAGUUGAAGUCGGAAGGUUACAUACACUUCUGGAAGGCCAAAUACAUUUAAACUCAGUUUUUCACAGUUCCUGACAUUUUAAUCCUAGUAAAAAUUCCCUGUCUUAGGUCAGUUAGGAUCACCACUUUAUUUUAAGAAUGUGAAAUGUCAGAAUAAUUGUAGAGGGAAUUAUUUAUUUCAGCUUUUAUUUCUUUCAUCACAUUCCCAGUGUGUCAGAAGUUUACAUACACUCAAUUAGUAUUUGGUAGCAUUGCCUUUAAAUUGUUUAACUUGGGUCAAAUGUUUCGGGUAGCCUUCCACAAGCUUCCCACAAUAAGUUGGGUGAAUUUUUUGCCAUUCCUCCUGACAGAGCUGGUGUAACUGAGUCAGGUUUGUAGGCCUCCUUGCUCGCACACGCUUUUUCUAUAGGAUUGAGGUCAGGGCUUUGUGAUGGCCACUCCAAUACCUUGACUUUGUUGUCCUUAAACCAUUUUGCCACAACUUUGGAAGUAUGCUUGGGGUCAUUGUCCAUUUGGAAGACCCUUUUGCAACCAAGCUUUAACUUCCUGACUGAUGUCUUGAGAUGUUGCUUCAAUAUAUCCACAUAAUUUUCCUUCCUCAUGAUGCCAUCUAUUUUGUGAAGUGCACCAGACCCUCCUGCAGCAAAGCACCCCCACAGCAUGAUGCUGCCACCCCCGUGCUUCACGGUUGGGAUGGUGUUCUUCCGCUUGCAAGCCAUGCCCUUUUUCCUCCAAACAUAUCGAUGGUCAUUAUGGCCAAACAGUUAUAUUUUUGUUUCAUCAGACCAGAGGACAUUUCUCCAAAAAGUACAAUCUUUGUCCCCAUGUGCAGUUGCAAACCGUAGUCUGUACGUUAAUCUCUAGGAGACAGAUCGCAUCUCCUUCCUGAGCGGUAUGACGGCUGCGUGGUCCCAUGGUGUUUAUACUUGCAUACUAUUGUUUGUACAGCUGAACGUGGUACCUUCAGGCAUUUGGAAAUUGCUCCCAAGGAUGAACCAGACAUGUGGAGGUCUACAAUUUAAUUUCUGAGGUCUUGGCUGAUUUCUUUAGAUUUUCCCAUGAUGUCAAGCAAAGAGGCACUGAGUUUGAAGGUAGGCCUUGAAAUACAUCCACAGGUACACGUCCAAUUGACACAAAUGAUGUCAGUUAGCCUAUCAGAAGCUUCUAAAGCCAUGACAUCAUUUUCUGGAAAUUUCCAAGCUGUUUAAAGGCAUGGUCAACUUAGUGUAUGUAAACGUCUGACCCACUGGAAUUGUAAGACAGUGAAUUAUAAGUGAAAUAAUCUGUCUGUAAACAAUUGUUGUCAGUGCACAAAGUACAGUGAGGGGAAAAAGUAUUUGAUCCCCUGCUGAUUUUGUACGUUUGCCCACUGACAAAGACAUGAUCAGUCUAUAAUUUUAAUGGUAGGUUUAUUUGAACAGUGAGAGACAGAAUAACAACAACAAAAUCCAGAAAAAUGCAUGUCAAAAAUGUUAUAAAUUGAUUUGCAUUUUAAUGAGGGAAAUAAGUAUUUGACCCCUCUGCAAAACAUGACUUAGUACUUUGUGGCAAAACCCUUGUUGGCAAUCAGAGGUCAGACGUUUCUUGUAGUUGGCCAAAAGACAGCGAGUUGAGUUGAUGCCGAAGAGCUCAAUUUUGGUCUCGUCUGACCACAACACUUUCACCCAGUUCUCCUCUGAAUCAUUCAGAUGUUCAUUGGCAAAUUUCAGACUGGCCUGUAUAUGUGCUUUCUUGAGCAGGGGGACCUUGCGGGCGCUGCAGGAUUUCCGUCCUUCACGGCGUAGUGUGUUACCAAUUGUUUUCUUGGUGACUAUGGUCCCAGCUGCCUUGAGAUCAUUGACAAGAUCCUCCCGUGUAGUUCUGGGCUGAUUCCUCACCGUUCUCAUGAUCAUUGCAACUCCACGAGGUGAGAUCUUGCAUGGAGUCCCAUGCCGAGGGAGAUUGACAGGUCUUUUGUGUUUCUUCCAUUUGCGAAUAAUCACACCAACUGUUGUCACCUUCUCACCAAGCUGCUUGGCGAUGGUCUUGUAGCCCAUUCCAGCCUUGUGUAGGUCUACAAUCUUGUCCCUGACAUCCUUGGAGAGCUCUUUGGUCUUGGCCAUGGUGGAGAGUUUGGAAUCUGAUUGAUUGAUUGCUUCUGUGGACAGGUGUCUUUUAUACAGGUAACAAACUGAGAUUAGGAGCAGUCCCUUUAAGAGUGUGCUCCUAAUCUCAGCUCGUUACCUGUAUAAAAGACACCUGGGAGCCAGAAAUCUUUCUGAUUGAGAGGGGGUCAAAUACUUAUUUCCCUCAUUAAAAUGCAAAUCAAUUUAUAACAUUUUUGACAUGCGUUUUUCUGGAUUUUUUGGUUGUUAUUCUGUCUCUCACUGUUCAAAUAAACCUACCAUAAAAAUUAUAGACUGAUCAUUUCUUUGUCAGUGGGCAAACGUACAAAAUCAGCAGGGGAUCAAAUACUUUUUUCCCUCACUGUAGAUGUCCUAACCGACUUGCCAAAACUAUAGUUUGUUAACAAGAAAUGUGUUUUAAUGACUCCAACCUAAGUGUAUGUAAACUUCCGACUUCAACUGUAUAUAUGUAUGUAUGUAUGUAUGUAUGUAUGUAUGUGUGUAUAUAUAUAUAUAUAUAUAUAUGCACGUACACAUGCACUUGCACACACACCUCUGUUAGCGGAAUGUCCGGUACCAGGUCGAUUAUCAUGUUAAACCUUACACACAAUAUUCUCUACACACAAAUGCUGAAGUCUCUCUUCCAUGUCAUCCCUCAGAUCCACAACUCCGAUGGAACUCUGGCAGGCUUCUCUGCGCAGGGAUUGGACGAUGGCUCGGGCCAAAUCCAUCUCAUCCAGGACGGUAGCCACGGCAAUAUCGGAAUCAGCGUCGCCACGACGACAACCUCUGACCUCCUAACGCAGGCUGGGCAUAUGCAGCAGAUUCAGGGCUUGUCAUUGGCAGGGGGCACGGCCUAUAGCGGCGCGGUUCCCAUGGGGCUGUCGGGGGGAAACAUAACUUUCCUCCCUAUCAACAGCAUCGACCUCGAAUCGCUAGGGCUUGCCGGCGCUCAGACGGUUCCCAUAGCAACGACGACCGACGGUCAGCUGAUCAUGGGCAGCCAAGCGCUGGACGGGCAGGAAGGUGGUUCCAAACAGCUAGCGACGCUAGUUAGUGAGGCUAACGGUAACCCAGACCUCUACGUGCCAACAACCUCCUCCUCAUCAUCCCAGCUGCCUGAAACCAUCGACGGGACGGGGGUUCUGACCCAAGCUACUGCCGUGUCUGCCGGGGUUUCAGACCCAUCCUCAGAGAACUACAACUCCCACAACCACCUGCAGCAAAUACAGGUCAGUCCUAUGACAUAGAAUUCCAUAGGCUUAUUAACAGCGCCGUACACCACAUAUAACAGUCAUAUUUCAGUGAGCCAUGAUACAGGAAAAAAGUUACUAGUCUUGUUUAGCUUGUCUUCAGCAGGUCAUAUCAUAUUACGAUGGACACUGUUCUAAGAGCAUGGCUGAAAAAAGACCAUGCCUGAACUAAGUCUAUCUUUUAUCCAGGUGUCCACCUCUAAUGCCUCGUCCCUCUCCCAGCCCAUCCUCCAGCUGUCGGGGGACAACCAGGGGGACCAGGGACAGGAUCUAUCCCAGUCUGGGCAGACGCUCCAGAGCGUCCAACUAGUCAACCCGGGAACCUUCCUCAUCCAGGCCCAGACAGUCACUGCUUCAGGACAGAUACAGUGGCAGACCUUUCAGGUAGGUUGUGUGUGGGCGUGUGUGUAUAUCUGUUUGACUACCGUACGUAGGUGUGUGGGAUCAUACAUGUGUAACUCUUUCGAACUCUCUCUCUCAGGUCCAAGGUGUCCAGUCUCUGCAGGGCCUCCAGCUCCCCCAGGCCCAAGGGGGCCAGCAGCUGACUCUAGCCCCAGUCCAGGGCCUCUCUAUGGGGCAGGGAGGAUCCAUCACCCUGCCUAACCUCCAGACUGUUACAGUCAACUCUAUAGGACAGCCAGGGAUUCAAUACACACAGGGAGAGGAGGCCAGCAGUCCUGCAGGUAGGAACAUGCAUACAUACACACACACACACACACAUACAAACUCUCCAUCUUUCUCUUUCUUUCUUACUGUCUCACACUCCGUCUCUCACACACACACAUACACACAUUCUAACUCUCUCUCCCCAUAGACAUCCAGAUAAAGGAGGAGCCAGACUCUGAAGAGUGGCAGCUGAGUGGUGACUCCACCCUCAACCCCAGUGACCUCAACAACCUGCGUGUCCAGAUGGAUGACGAAGACAUGGACAUGUCCACCGGGGAGGGCAAGAGGCUGAGGAGAGUCGCCUGCACCUGUCCCAACUGUAAAGAGGCUGGAGGGAGGUGGGUUAGAAAGACAAGCACAAUAUAUUAACACAAAUAUAUAUAAAAAGGGUGGAUCCUAGGCUUUAGCUCAGUGGGUUAAUGUGGUCGAACCUGGUUAUAUACUCAGUAGGGUCAGUUUCAACCAUGACAAUUGAAAUUCAAAUGACUGCAAGAUGUUGACUUUGUGUGUGUGACCCCAACCCUCUCUCUCAUCACCCCUUCCCCCAGAGGGUCGAGUCUUGGUAAGAAGAAGCAGCAUAUCUGUCAUAUCGUGGGCUGUGGGAAAGUGUACGGUAAGACCUCUCACCUCAGGGCUCACCUUAGAUGGCACAGCGGAGAACGGCCCUUCGUCUGCAACUGGAUGUUCUGUGGCAAGCGGUUUACCAGGAGUGACGAGCUACAGAGACACAGACGGACACACACUGGUAGGAAUACACACGAACACCAUCUUCACUACAUAACACAACCUUAACCCUCACCACACUUAUUCUUUCAUCACUCUCUCUUUAUCUUCCUUUCAUCCCUCUUUCUCAUUCCAGGAGAGAAGAAGUUUGUGUGUGGAGAGUGUUCAAAGAGGUUCAUGCGUAGUGACCAUCUGGCCAAACAUAUAAAGACUCACCAGAACAAAAAAGGUGUGGCUUCCUCCUCAUUGUCUCCGCCCCCCAGCAACACCAUCAUCACCGCAGACGGAACCACCCUCAUCCUUCAAUCAGCUUCUGGCGCUCAUGACCUCCUAGGCAAUCAGGAGAUCCCUCUGCAGCUGGUCACCGUGGCGCCCGGUGAGGUCAUGGAAUGAGGGCGUGGCUUAUAGACUGGCCAAUAAACAGGGACCUUGUGGGCUUUUUUCUCCCCGUCCCCCCCUUUUUUUUAUAUAUAUGAAUAUAUAUACGUAAAUAUAUAUGACAAAUAUAUAUAUAUUUUAAGUAAGAGUUAUCAUGACUUUAUGUUAGUUAUUUGCAGUCUUUUUAUAGGCUGGCAAAACAAAUGACAUUCAAUGUGGUCACUAUAUACACACAAACGAAGACGCAUACACACACUCUCGCAAACAUGAAUACUCACACAAUGAAAUGCCUUAUUUUGUAUCAUACUCUGUUGUAUAAAAUGCUGGAGAUGCAUGUGUUUUUUAAGCUUUUGCAGAUCAUGUAAUUGUGUCUGUCAAUCAUAAUGAUGAUGGUUAGGAUGCAGGGAAUAGGAAAAGUGUAGUAGCCCUCUGUCUCUCUAGAGCAGGGUUUCCCAAACUCGGUC